AUGAUUACUACUACAAGAAAACCGCGCUGGGCGCGACAACAGCAUGCGCACCAAAAUCUCGUGUCUUGUGGGUUGUGUCCCGCUCUCAUAUCUCAACGUGCAACUGCAGCGAUUCCAUACGGAGAGCCGUUGACCUUGCCGCCAUCAAAUAUAUUUGCACGAUUUGGAAGACAAGGAGGCGGAGACACUACGGUCCACGAAUGGGUGCUGCAAAAAAUAUGA